AUGCUGCUGAUCAUUGAUGCUCUUCUUCUCAUUUCAGCUGCUCUAGGAAAGGAUCACAGAGCUGCUACUGAAGAAGAGAUAGUUCCUUUGGAUAUGGCACUGAAUUCAGUUGAUGACUACUAUGAGGGUUGUAGAGAGAAAAUGACAAACCUGGUGAAGACAGAAUAUCUAGGGAAGGAACUCUGUAACUCAGCUAAAUUUAAAAAAGCUUGGCUAGAAGCUACGCUGGAUGCAUCAUGUGGUACUUUGAAAUGUAAAAACACAAUUGCCAUUUAUAUGUACACUAACACAGAUUAUAAAAUAUAUGAAAUAUUCAAUAAUGAUGGUCGUAACGGAAAACAAAACUACGAAAACAAGACAUACAAAUGGUAUUCGCUUCAAUUUCUGUUAACAGAAGCGAUAAGGCUACUUAAGAAACAACAAAAUAGAUGCUAUUCUACCUAUCGUGGUACAAAACUUAUUUUUGAUAAGGAUGCUCUGAACAAAGAGAUUUGUUUUGGCUCAUUUACAUCCUCUUCUCUUGAUCGUUACUCAGCACAUCGCUUUGGGGCUAAAUCUUGUUUUGAAAUCAACACUUGUGAAGGUGCUGAGGUGACAAAUUACUCUAGAUUUCCUUAUGAGAAAGAGGUGCUGAUUCCUCCGUAUGAGAAGUUUAAAGUCACUGCUGUCAAGACAAAAGGUGCAUGGUGUGAAACUGUGUUCAUGUUGAAAAGCUCAGGAAUAAUAAGUUACCUGAACUGUGCUCUUUUCAAGAAACCAACCAAGACCAUAACAAAGUACUAUGGUUUGCUCUGA